AUGUCCACUGGCAAGCCCCUUGAAAAAGGGGACAAAGCCCUUGCAAAAGGGACACCCCUUGAGAAAGGGAACAAAGCCCUUGCAAAAGGGACACCCCUUGAGAAAGGGAGCAAAGCCCUUGCAAAAGGGCAAUAUGACACCAAGUGCCAGGAGCUGAAGGACAGGCUGAUGAAGAGCCUCAACAAGGGGAAGCUUGGUCCCAGGCUGGAAGCUGGCACAUCCCUUGAGAAAGGGACAGCUGCAAGCAGCAGCAAUGCUGCACCCCUUGAGAAAGGGGCAAGCAGGAGCAAUCCUGCACCCCUUGAAAAAGGGAAAAAAAAACUUCUUGAAAAAGGGGAGGCAUCAGGCCUUGAAAAAGGGCAAUUCCUUGAAAAAGGAAAUGUUGCCAAAAAGGUGGCAGUUCUGGAGUCAAAGACUGCCACCAACAAGCAGGCAAAAUCCCUUGCAAAAGGGAAGGAGACUGCAGCCCUUGAAAAAGGGUCAGAAAAGAAGCAGCCUCCUGAAGCCCAAUCAGAACCUUUGGCUGUGUUGGUUGAUUGGCACCAUUGCCUGAAAAAUGGUCCCCAGGACACUGUGCUGGUCCAGGACCUCAUGGCCCUGCAGAAGCUCCUUGACAAAGGAGUGGAGGUGCAUUUGCUCUCCUUCUGUGGGGCCAAGCAAAUCCCCAAAGUUGAAAACGAAAUGUGGGACAAGCUCCCAGAUCUCAUUGAACAACUUCACUGGUGGGGAUGCUGCACCAGUCGCACUGGGGUGGGGGGCAAGGCAGGGUAUGCCACAGAGUGGGGCUGCCAGGUGGCCUUUGAUGAUUCAAAGGACAUCUUGCAAGAGCUGGGCUCAUGGGGUGUCAAAACCUAUGGCAUCCAGCAAGCCAGAAGAGCUGCCAAGCAAUCCAAGAGGGUGGUGAUGUCCACUGGCAAGCCCCUUGAAAAAGGGGACAAAGCCCUUGCAAAAGGGACACCCCUUGAGAAAGGGAACAAAGCCCUUGCAAAAGGGACACCCCUUGAGAAAGGGAGCAAAGCCCUUGCAAAAGGGCAAUAUGACACCAAGUGCCAGGAGCUGAAGGACACUGUGCUGGUCCAGGACCUCAUGGCCCUGCAGAAGCUCCUUGACAAAGGAGUGGAGGUGCAUUUGCUCUCCUUCUGUGGGGCCAAGCAAAUCCCCAAAGUUGAAAACGAAAUGUGGGACAAGCUCCCAGAUCUCAUUGAACAACUUCACUGGUGGGGAUGCUGCACCAGUCGCACUGGGGUGGGGGGCAAGGCAGGGUAUGCCACAGAGUGGGGCUGCCAGGUGGCCUUUGAUGAUUCAAAGGACAUCUUGCAAGAGCUGGGCUCAUGGGGUGUCAAAACCUAUGGCAUCCAGCUGCAGGCAGAUGAUUAUGUUUCUGUUGACUCUGCAGACAAGCCCUUGCCAAAGGGCAAGCCCUUGCCAAAGGGAAAGCCCUUGCCAAAGGGCAAUUCCUUUCAAAAGGACAAGCCCUUGCAAAAGGACAAGCCCUUGCCAAAGGGCAAGCCCUUGGGAAAGGGCAAACAUCUCCUCAGUAGUGGCAGCAAGCCCUUGAAAAAGGACAAGCUCUUGAAAAAGGGCAAGCUGUGUGUUAAGCAGUGGCAGCAAGCCCUUGAAAAAGGAAACCCCUUGCAAAAGGGCACUGCCUCCUUAGCCCUGGAGCUCUUUGGACAUCCCUUGGGAAAGGGAAAGAUACCCGCACUGCACCCAGACUUGCUGCACCCUGCAAGGCCCGCCCCAGAAGUCAAGAACAGCGAUGUGGCAGCAAGCUUGACACACGCAUUGGACCUUGCGUUGCAUGGAGCCUACCUCGAUGUGCACAGCUUUCAGCCCGCGCUGCGGCGUUGUUGGCAAAGCGCUCAGCUGGAGCUGGGCCAGGGACAGCUGCAGAAGCGCGACACACUGAGGGCCUUAGGCGAGUGUCAAGAACUAUUGGGUGCAAUCUCAGCAUCUGAGCAGGAGGCCAGGCGCCUGUUGCGCAUGGUUCGGCGAGCGGAGGAGGGAUUGCUCCACAAGGCCACAGCUGGCCGACUUUGGCAGCACCUGGCAGGUCUGGACUCAUGUCAUCAACAGCUGGGCUGCGCGUUGGCGGCCGCACUUUGGACUUUGGGGAUCGGCCGGAGCCCCUGUUGCCACGAAGGCCACGCCAUGGAUGUGGUUCCUUUGCAAGGUUUGGCCACUGGGUCUCAACAACGUGUCUGUGACACUUGCGGUAGAAACGCGGCGGACUUGCGCAUUGAAGCUGGCGACGAAUCUAUGCGGGAACCAUGGUGGAAGUGUCGCAUUUGUUGUGCCAAUGGACUUGCAUCCUUCUACUGCCACGACUGUGGACGAGAAACUCAAAACUCUUGUUCCUAUGCCCAGCUGCUUGCACUGGUCCCCACAGAGCAUUGGCGCAUGACCAUGAAACGUUUGGGGCGGGACCGUGCUGUUCCUCCGACCGGUCCUGUGUCAAAGGACGGUGUGAAACCUGCAAGUCAGCAGGGCCGCGGCCACCAAAGCCACCACGGCCCCCAUGGCCACGGUGGCCACCAUGGCCACCAUGGCCGGGACUUGGCGGAGACCCCACCAGACUUAAGACUUGCCCUCGCUGGCCUGGCUGGCCGCCCUGGACCUGGAGCGCUGGCUGAUUCUGAGUUGGGGCAUCCCUUUCAGAAUGAACCCAACGCCCAAGAGGCCCAUGAGGUUCACCGCUUGGGGGCGCCGAGUCCCUCCAGUGACGCUGGGAAAGCUGUUUCGUUUGCAGGCGUAUUUGGCCAGGAAAUGGCAGAUGGACAACAAUCGGCCCCAUGUUUUGCCGCAACCUUUUUCACCGACGAUAUCGACGAUGCUUCAGUCGUGAGUACUUUUUCUGCCAGCAGCAAUGGCCAGUUGGAAAGGACGCCUACAUCUAUGACGGGCGAGACGGCUGCGAAAGCAGGUUUUCAAGGAUUGGUUUUGUCGGCCGAGCAUACCAAUAUUUGGAAUCCCCCCACACAGGCGACAAAACCCUGCCGUUCUUUGAAAGCGCUGACGCCGGGUGCAGCGGCCCGCAGCGCGCGGGACGCCACACCACCAACAGCACAGAGGAGACACAGGCAGGACAGGCACGACAAGCAUCACACACAGAUCCUCCGCCGACGGCCAAAGCUGCCUAUCAGCCCUGGCUUGGAGAAUGUGCUGUUGGGCGGCCUGCGGCCAGUGAAAGGAGUGCGCUGGAAGCAGCGCACAGCUAGUGCCAGGCGCAGCUCUCAAGCCGUGGAAGCGGAUGACAUCGCCCAGGAGCUGCUGGAAAGAGCUGGACCCCGCACGGAAAAGACAGCACCAGAUGGUUACCAACAGCGUGGCCCAUAUGUGGUGGCACCUGAAGAAAUAUUCGACGGCUCCAUGAAGGACAUGGACCUGCCGGUGUGGCAAGGGGUGGUGACCUGCUGGCAACGGCGCAUCCAAGCAGCCGAACGAGAGAAGGGUUUGCUUGUUCCAGCUGCUCCAGCGGCGCCACUGCCACAGCAGAGGAAACCGCGCUUGGAUCAAGCCUCCCGGCUGAUGGUGCGACAUGGUGGGUCAAGCCACCCAGGUUCUCGACAGGGCCAGGCUGCAGCCCCAGCGCUGCGCCCGGUGGAGCUGAUUCAGGGCUUCAGAGCAUGGAGCCCUUCGGAGUGGUCGCGAGAAGCUGCACGACUCCCAUGGAUAGAUCCGGAUGAUAUUUUGGACUAUUACUUCGCGAGGUGAGACGCCACAGGCCCACAAUAAGUUGGGAAUCCACGGUGGGAAGACCCUGGCUCGCCCCGCUCCUACCGCAGAACCUGGCCGGCCGGGCAGCUUGAGGCUUGAAGGAGAACGGGUUCCAAACCGCAUCCAGAUGGAGACUGGCCAUGACCUACGGCCACAUGCCAAUCAGCUGUUGGACUCACAGUGGCGCCGUCCUGCUGCUGAGCUGCUGCUUUUCUGGACAGAUUGCAGCUUCAAUGUUGGAGAUGAAGCCUGCGGCGAUAAAGUCGGUACCCAUGGACCGACGCGCUGUCUUUUCGGAAACAAAAGGGAUGCUGUGGGCCCUUGAAUGGCUGCUGGUUGCUUGCAUCCCUUUCCAUGUUUCUCUUAAUCUGUCACAUCGUCCCUAUAGCAGACUCUGUGUGCCACACUGGACCUACCUUGAUUGUAGCAAGCUUGGAAGCUAUGAGCUUCACGUUGGGGACGUAGCAAGUUGUUGGCAAGAUUUGUG